AUGGCUACAGGCGCAGAAGCAACGAGAGUACCCAAGACCUGGUUCAUCACAGGCUGCUCGAGCGGCUUCGGCGAGAUCCUCGUCAGGAAACUAUGCGCCGAGGGGGAGAACGUCAUCGCCACGGGCCGCCAGGCCGACGUCAAGCUCGCGCAUCUCCAGGACACGGGCGCGAAGGUCAUGGACCUGGACAUUUCGGCUUCUGAGGUCGUCAUUCGGGAGACGGUCGAGCAGGCGUGGGCGGCGUUCCCCGGCGGCGUCGAUGUUGUGGUGAACAAUGCGGGAUAUGUGCUCUCUGGGUUGAUUGAAGAGUUGACACAAGAACAGAUGGAGGAGUGCUUCCGCACGAAUUUCCACGGGCCGCUGAACAUCGCGCGUGCGUUUCUCCCGUUCCUGAGGGAGAGGGGGACGGGGACGCUGGUGUUUCUCAGCUCGCAGGCCGCGUGGCACGUCGAUAUCUCUGCUGGGGCGUACUGCGCCAGCAAGUUUGCGUUAUCAGCCGCCGUCGAGACACUCGCGCAAGAGCUCGCGAUCCUGGCGCCGGGUUUGAAGGUUCUCAUGGUCGAGCCGGGGUACUUCCGCACGAGGGUGUUCGUCAAGCUCGCGCACAUCCCGCUGCGGAUCCCAGAGUUUGCGGGCUUCAAUGCGGCUUGUGUGGAGCAGGGAGCCAAGAUUUACGGGACGGAGCCCGGGGAUCCGGAGAAGGCUGUUGAGCGGAUGGUGGAGCUGGUCCGGGGCGAGGGGAUGGCUGAGGGGCGGGAGGUGCCGCUGAGGGUUCCGUUGGGGACUGAUGGGUGGGGAAGGAUCAAGAAGAAGUGUGAGGAUAUGGUCAAGGUUUGUGAGGAUUGGGAGGAUGUUGCAAAGAGCACGGAUUGGUAG